AUGAAAACUCCCCUUAGCCAGAAGACGGGCUUCUUCGCCGAAUACUAUCUGAAACUCAAGGAUCAGGCGGGCACCAAUUGCGAGUCGGAUAUCGCCAAGUUAUCAUCGUGCAAGAGCGAUGAGGAGCGCGUGGCCUAUGUGGAAAAGUUGCCCUGGGUGCAGGCGGGGGAUGCCAACUUGGUGGUGAACCAGGAGUUUGCCGGCAAGAAUGCUUCUCUGGCGGCCGAGAUCAAGGAGCGGGCCACCGCCGCUUUUAAGGCCAAGAAGUGGCUGGAGGCCAUGAUGCUCUACACCAGGAGCUAUGUGGCUUUGCCCAGUGAAAAUGUGGCCGAGAUACGCAUUGUUUUGGCCAAUCGCUCAGCCACUUUGUAUCACAUGCAGAAAUACCAAGAGUGCCUGAUCGACAUCAGAAGAGCCUUAGAUCUGGAGUAUCCCAAGGAUUUGGUCUAUAAAUUGUACGAAAGACAGGCACGUUGCUACAUGGCCCUAAAGGACUAUCCUCAUACUAUUGAAUCAUUCAAAAAAUGCAUCACGACCAUGGAUGACUCCACCCUGACCUCUGACAAGCGGGCCAAGCUCAAUCUGGAUGCAAUGACCAUGAUCAAGAUGCUGCAACAUGAUCCACGCACGGCUAAGCAGGAGGCCAAGCAGCAAAAACAGAAGAUAGCCCUCGAUCAGGCCAAGCCAGUUAAGGCUGAGGAUGAGUUCGUCAGUCCGCUGGUGAGGAUCGAUAGCAAUCGACAGGAGGGUCGCUUCGCCAGAGCUUCAGCAGAUGUGCGGGCAGGUGAAGAGUUAUUGGUGGAGAGACCUUUUGUCGCUGUACUGCUGGAGAAGUAUGCUAAGACCCACUGUGAGAACUGCUUUGUUAGGACUGUGGUUCCUGUGGCCUGUCCUCGUUGCGCCGAUGUUCUCUACUGCUCGGAACAAUGUCGUGAAGAGGCCUCUAAGAAGUAUCACAAGUUCGAGUGUGGCAUAGUGCCCAUUAUCUGGCGUUCGGGUGCCUCCAUUAACAAUCACAUUGCAUUGAGGAUCCUGGCCAGUAAGCCGUUGGAUUACUUCCUGAACUUAAGGGGCACCAUUGAUGAGGUGCUCACACCGGAACAGCUAGUCAGCCUUCCCAAAGACGAUUUCCGAAGAGUUGCCCAAUUGGAGAGGCAUCAGGGAGAACGACAGGCCUCUAACUUCUUUCAGCACGUCCUGAUGGCCCGCUUUCUAACCCAGUGUCUUCGGGCAGGAGGUUACUUUGGAUCGGAACCCAAGCCAGAUGAGGUGUCAGUUAUUUGCUCCCUGGUGCUGCGCAGUCUGCAGUUCAUUCAAUUCAACACCCACGAGGUGGCAGAGCUUCAUAAGUACAGCUCCUCCGGCCGGGAGAAGUCCAUCUUCAUUGGCGGUGCCAUCUAUCCCACCUUGGCCCUGUUUAAUCACUCCUGCGAUCCUAGCGUGGUGAGAUAUUUCCGCGGCACAACCAUCCAUAUAAACAGUGUCAGACCGAUUGAAGCUGGACUACCGAUAAACGAGAACUAUGGACCUAUGUACACCCAGGAUGAGCGAUCGGAUCGCCAGGCGCGCUUGAAGGAGCUCUACUGGUUUGAGUGCAACUGCGAUGCCUGUAUUGAUAAUUGGCCCCGGUUCGACGAUCUUCCAAGGGAUGUGAUACGUUUCCGUUGCGAUGCCCCGAAUAAUUGUUCCGCGGUGAUUGAAGUGCCACCCAGCUGCAAUGACUUUAUGGUCAAGUGUGUGACCUGUGGCGAGAUAACCAACAUCCUCAAAGGUUUAAAGGUCAUGCAGGAUACCGAGAUGAUGACACGCACAGCCAAGAGGCUGUACGAAACAGGGGAGUACUCGAAGGCCCUGUCAAAGUUCACUGAUCUCAUCAGGAUCAUGUAUGAAGUGCUGGCUCCUCCUUUCCCCGAUUUCUGCGAGACCCAGCAGCAUCUCAAGGACUGCUUCCUCAACCUGGGCAAUGUCUAUACUUUGGAUUAAAGUUAACGUAAAAAAUCUAAUGUUAAACAAAUGUUUUUCAGCUUUUUAACGUUUAUUGAAUGUACACUGUUGAUAUUACAAAAAUUUAAUUAAACCUUGCAAAACGUCGCCUUUAA